AGUUAUUGGUGUUGUCCAUUUUAAAAUCCUUUCAAUAAAUUGCAUCAAACGUAUUUUCCUGCUGUCUCUCAAGGGGUAAACUCAGUCGUUGAGUGAAGUAAAUAAUUAUGGAUGCGAGCGAACUUCAUUGCACCACAAACGUCGAGAAGCUCAACGAGCAAGGCAUAGUUUUACGGCGAACAGUCUAUAAAUCGUGCAGUACAAUUCUUGGUCGUGAUCAAUUUGAUGAUAUUCUAUUGAGAAUCGUAUCGAAGCAGCAGAUUGCUCAAAGUUUCUUGUUAAAAAAGAUUAGCAUACAUAGACGAUUUGUUAGAGAAGGGAAAGCUACCAUUAAACUCUUGACACAAAAUGUUCUCGUGAUGCUAUCGAAUUGUCCACCGGACAAGCUUGCUGCUUUUCUGGCAUGUCUGAAAGUUAAGCUUGCUGUAAAAUCUAAUGAAGGUUUUACAGGGGACAGAAAGCGACUUCGCAGUGAAUUACCACGAAGUUUCGAACACAUAAGUCCGCUGGUUGAAAAUGAUUUAUUGAGGGCAAAAGAAAAUAUUGCCCCGGCAACAUUACAUGACAAAACCCCCAAACGUAAACGAUGCGAAGGAUCAAGCGACAAUCUGCCACGAAAGAAGCUCAUGAUUACCUCAAACAAUGCUGUGAAACCAGCAAGAUCAAGCGUCAAGUUAAACAAGUCCCAGUUACGUGUAUUAAAUGCUGUGAAAUGUGGUCAAAGUGUUUUCAUCACUGGAAGUGGUGGAACUGGAAAGUCAUUCUUGCUGAGGAAAAUUAUUGGUUUGUUGCCACCCCAUAAUACAUUUGUUACAGCAAGUACUGGUGUUGCUGCUUGUCAGAUUGGAGGCAUGACCUUGCAUUCCUUUUCUGGGAUAGGGUGUGGGAAAGGCAACCUGGAAAAUUGUAUAGCCAUGGCUUCAAAUCGCAUUCAUCUUCAACAGUGGAAGAAUUGCAAGCAUUUGAUAAUCGAUGAAAUAUCCAUGAUAGAUUCUGAGUUAUUCGACAAGAUAGAGGCUGUCGCACGUGCCUUGCGUAAGAAUGAUAGGCCUUUUGGGGGAAUCCAACUUAUUGUUUGUGGGGAUUUUCUCCAGUUACCACCAGUUAUUAAACCCGGAGAGAAAAAGAAGUUUUGCUUUCAGGCUGAAAGUUGGUCGACAUGCAUACACAAGACCAUUGAAUUGAUUGAAGUCAAAAGACAGUCAGAUCCUCUUUUUAUUAAUAUCCUAAAUAAUAUUAGAGUGGGAAGAUGUCCAGACGAAGUUGUCGAACGGUUGUCGAGAAGCAAAGAGAACAAAAUAGAUUCUGAGGGCAUAUUAGCCACUAGGUUAUGUACACACAAAGAAAACGUGGACCAGAUUAACAAAGUACAGUUACAGAGUCUACCUGGAAAGGCAAAAUCAUUCCAAGCAGUGGACAGCGAUAAUAAUUUUAGCAAGACUCUAGAUUCAUGCUGUCCUGCAAAGGCAAAACUGGAGUUGAAAGAAGGCGCUCAGGUACUGCUGACGAAAAAUUUGGACGUAGGUCAAGGAUUGGUCAAUGGUGCACGCGGUGUAGUCAAAAGUUUUUCUACGGGAAAUACAGCUGUUCCCAUCGUGAAGUUUUCCAAUGGUAUCGAGCGACAAGUGAAGGCGGAGAAAUGGGUAGUAAAAACUGGAACGGGUGGUCAAGUUACAAGAACUCAAUUACCAUUGCAGUUAGCCUGGGCUAUAUCUAUUCACAAGAGUCAGGGUAUGACACUUGACUGUGUGGAAAUAUCACUAUCCAGAGUUUUUGAAUGCGGUCAGGCUUACGUGGCGUUAUCCCGAGCUAAGAGUCUAGAAGGUCUUCGUGUAUUGGACUUUGAUAAAAGCUGCAUAAAAGCUCAUCCACAAGUUCUAAAUUACUACGUUCGACUCAGAAGGCAAGCAAAACUUGAAAGCUGCCAGGCCAUACAAUGAAAACAACACAAUAAAACAAUACAAAACUUUAGUCAUAGUUAUACGGUAAAUA